ACAGCGUUGUGUCGAGGGAAUUUUAAGGUAAACCGGUUACCUAAUUAAACGACUACAUUUUUUUUCCCGGGCAGCUUCAGUCAGAUUAAACACUUUAACAGGGCCACGUCAUUUAUUUAUUCUUCAAUGCUGCGUCAUCUCUGCAACUUGACCGCGCGCGAAUAUUAACGUCUAUGCUAACUGUUAGCAUCGAUCACGUUCUUUUUUUGUUGCACGGUCCCCCUUCCCACCCCCCCUUGAAGCCCUGCAGGACCGUCGGGUCUCCUAGGAACCUGCCAACAUGCCAGCUGCUCUUCAAGAUUCCAGCCAGAUGAUCUGUGAAGUCUGGGCGAGCAACGUGGGGGAAGAGAUGAGGAAGAUACGGCAAAUUAUCCAAAGCUACAACUACGUUGCCAUGGACACGGAGUUUCCCGGAGUCGUGGUCCGACCCAUAGGCGAGUUUCGCAGUACGGUAGAUUACCAGUACCAGCUGCUGCGGUGCAACGUGGAUCUGCUGAAGAUCAUCCAGCUUGGUCUCACAUUCAUGAACGAGGAUGGGGAUUACCCCCCCGGCACGACCACGUGGCAAUUCAACUUCAAGUUCAACCUGACUGAGGAUAUGUACUCCCAGGACUCCAUAGACCUGCUCCAGAACUCGGGUCUGCAGUUCAAAAAACACGAAGAAGAAGGAAUCGACACGCUGUACUUCGCCGAGCUCCUCAUGACGUCGGGUCUGGUUCUGUGUGAGAACGUCAAGUGGCUGUCCUUCCACAGUGGUUAUGACUUUGGCUAUCUGGUGAAACUCCUGACGGAUGCGCGGCUUCCAGAGGAGGAACACGAGUUCUUUCAGAUCUUAAACUUGUUUUUUCCUGCAAUUUACGAUGUGAAGUAUUUGAUGAAGAGCUGCAAAAGUCUGAAGGGGGGGUUGCAGGAAGUGGCCGAUCAGCUGGAGCUGAAGAGGAUUGGCCGGCAGCAUCAGGCGGGGUCGGAUUCGCUGCUCACGGGCAUGGCUUUCUUCAGGAUGAAGGAGCUUUUCUUCGAGGACAACAUCGACGACGCCAAAUACUGCGGGAGGCUGUACGGCCUCGGCUCCGGCUCCAGUCAGCCGCAGAACGGCCUCGCCGGCUCCACGGGCGAUGAGGCCAACAACAAGCACUGAGCCCCCCCCCCAGAGUGUUUUAAAAGCCAACCAGCGGGUUUCUGCUCCCAUCUUCUCACUAAAUACCCCAAUGUGAGCCCUCACCGCCUCUGCAGGCUGCAGUGGCCCCGCCCCUCAUGGCAGUCAGCAGUGGCCCCCUCCCCGGGCUCGCUCUUUCUUUUAGUCACUUUUUACUUCAUUUCCAAACACUUUUUAAAACGCCUCAUUUGCAGCAUGGGACCAGCUUCAGGAUGAUUCUGCCCCCCAGCAGGAUCUCCUUGUAGGUUACACUCAUGUAAAUGAACAUGUUUUAGCUCAUGUCCACUCAGAAGGUGGUGGUUCUCCAGCAGACCACACUCUUCCGCUCACUGUUUUUACAUUCUGCAUCGUUGUCAACAGUUGUAUAUUAAAUUGUUUUGUAUUUUCAGUGUAA